AAAUAGUUGAUUUAUAGUUUUUGUUGCUGAAUAUUUUUUUAAAAAUAAAGAAAUUAUUAAAAAAAAAGAUUACGUUAAAUUUGAUUAAUAUAAUGAAGGCUGUAAGCUAUAUAUAAUAAAGUAUCAAAUAGCUGGAUCUAUUUUCUAUCCCCUUUUUUUUCAAUAUUUUUAACAAUGAAAAUAAAAGGAAAACGAUAUUUGGAGGGGCAGUAUCUCUUAUCGUUAUCUGCAUAUCGAUAAUUUACUUUAGUUACUUAUGCUAUCUCUAUUUUUAAAAUUAGAUUAAUCCUACUAUAUCAUAAAUAUCUUAGUAUUAUGAUCAAAACUAUUCAAUUUAAUUGCAAAAUAAUAUUCUUGCAUUUCAAAUUAUACUUCCUUCUGGUAAAACAUUGCAGUAACUUGAAUAAGAAACAGGUUUAUAAUACCUAAAUGUUCUUCCAUUUUAUGUUGCUUAAGGUUAAAAAAAACAGCUACUUAGCUUUAUAUAAUGUAAGGAUUCCUCAAUAAAUAAUUUUUUAUGUCUAGACUUUUCGUCUGUUAGCAAUUCUUAAAGUAUAUUAGAUUUUAACUAUGACAAAGAUACACAAGCUAAGUAUAAAAUAGAGCUUUAAUUCAUAUUAUGUAACAAUCAAUUUCUUCUGCCAACUUAGAAAUGUGCUACCUAUUAACAAAUAAGAUAAGAAGUAAUCAAGAUAGAAACAUAAGCUAUUAUGAUUAUCCAGACAUAAAAGUAUGACCCUAGCAAAAAGCGUUUUGAAAUAAAUAAAAAGAGCGAAAUAUUUGGGUUUUCAGAAGGAAAUAGUAUUUUUACUCAAGUAAAGUUGUAGAAAGGUUCCACAACUAUUAACCAAGGUUUUGUAUUAUAAUAUGAAAGCAGAAGUGAGUAUUUAUCAGACUACACUAUAUUCCUUUAGUAUAUACCUUCUACCUUUGUCUAGCAAGAGAUAAACCUAGAUUUGAUUGGAUCUGUAUAGAUAUUUUUAAGUGAUGUUGGAAUGAGUCAAUAAGUUUAAUUCCCUCCAUUCACAUCUCUGCUUGCUUAAUUCUCUAGUGUCUUUAAUGUUUUAGUUGUUAUAGGAAUUAUUUGUUAAUUUUGGGCUUAAAAUGAGUUAGUGCAAGAUUUUGUUGAGGUCUAGCUUAAAUCUUACUUCAAACAUACAGCUUUUCAUUUUAUUUAGUCGUAAAAUACUUAAAAGUUUAGAAUAAAAGAUUCAUCUUUUGUGAAGCAUCUAACAUAACUCUACAAUUAGAUAUAAGGUAUACAAUAUCAACAGUAUGCUGAUAAAUAUUCCAAGUUAGGCUUUUUCAAUAGGGUUAAAUUGUUGAUAUUUAGUAGGUUUAAUCAAAAAAUAAAAAAACAAGAUAAUAAAGAAAUUAAAAUAUUCAAGGCUCUUUACUCAGAAACCUAAAAGUAGAUGAGUAUAUUAGAGCUACAAAAGGAGUUAAUGUAAAUUAAAAUUAUUUUAAGACUACUAAUUUCUGCAGAAUAAUAUGCAGCCAUUAAACUGUGCGGUUAUUCUGUCUUUAUAGAAAAAAAUAGUGAUGAAUAAAUUGAGAAGAUAUAAUAACCCUAAAAGGAUUUUGAUAAACAAUAGGAAUAGCAAGAAUAAAUUUUAAGUAUCAUAAAUUAUGAUAACAUGAAUAUAUAAGAAUGCUAAGAUGUGAAACAACUCCAAUAAAAAGAUUAAUCUUAAGAUAAAAACAGUUAAAGAUUUGAUAUAGAUCUAUCUCCUAAAGAAGUGUUAAACAAUUUGGAUGAAAAUAAAACUUUUAAAGGCUAAUCAGGGAUAAUAAAUAAUGGGCUCUCAGCAUAAAAAAGCUAAAUGCGCUCUCAUAAUCAUAAAAGUUAAAUAUGCGAAUUCAAAGAUUUCACAUCAGAAAAAGAUAAAAACUUCCAAAUUACAAAUUUAUUACAUAGUAGCAUAUGUGAUAAUACUAACCAUUUAGAUAUUAUUGAUUAAAUUGAUAAAGAUUCAAAUAUUUUUGAACAGUAUUUGUAAAUAUUUUUUGAUAAACGUAAUAAAGGUUCGCAUUCAGAUUUUGAGGAAAGAAUUUUCAGAUGUAUGAUUGGAGUUAAUUAAAAUAUGAAACAAGUAGAUAAAGAAAAUAAAAAUUAUAAUAAAACCAAUUCUAGAGCAAAUUGAAUAAUUUACAAAUUUUAUUAAUUUCAUAUUUAAUAAAAAACAGAAUAAUUAUAUUUGCAUUAUAUAUUUAAAUAUGAAAUUAAUUAUAGCAUACUUUUAAAAUAUCAUAAAUUUAAUUUAUACUCAUAUUAUAAUCUACUAAAAUAUAUUUAAUUUAUUAACGUAAUAAUUAUUU